UUCAAGAUCAUUUGUAUUCUACAGUGAGUAUACAUUGGUGUUGUUGUGUAUUGAGUUGUUAUACUGGACACUGGUCCAGCUUUUACAUUACGACAACCACAGUUAUUCAUCCAAAUCUUUUUAAUUAAGACGCUCCUGAUUUUGGCUGUUCCACUACUCUCCUAGUAAAGCUCAACUCUAAAGGAUUAUCCCAUAAUAUCACCUCCUCUCUGAUUAUCCUUUACACUCCACUACAGUCGAUGGGAGUUUAAGCAGUCACUGAUAUAAAAACAUUUAGCCUCACCGUUUCAGAAUUAUAUUCAUACUUUAUUCGGGCAAUAGGUGAUGUAUGUGAACCACACAACAAUGCUGGAAAGAUGUAGUUAACCUCUUAACGUUUGUGUAAAAUUCCCGAAAAACGCCUAUCCAGACCUACCCAAAGUAAAUUGAAAGCUGUAGGAGAACCAUUUGGAGUAAAUGCAUGGUUUUGGUCUCUUUUGAAAGGUAACACUCUGAAGUUGUAUUUCAUCCUGCCUGGCGGUGCUUCAGCACUGGAUAUCUUCCGUCUCGCGCACACGCAGGUCGAGUUUUAAUAACAACAAAGUCACGUGUGACCUCGGGUGACCCCCCCGUCCAGGUAUAAGUUCCGGUGUCAUCCCGAGAUCAGUCCUUUUUCAUCUUCUCGCUACGCAGUCUAACUAUUAUGUUAGCAUCAGCUAAGCUGAAAUUGUACAAAUAAAUAAUUAAAUAAAUAAAUUCUGAAGCUCGUCGCGUGUAGUCUUGUGACCACUGGUCGCUGGUCGGAGUUGCGGGUCUCUCGCCCUCCAAAGGCUGCGACAAGCUGUCCCUUUUAGGGGGGAGACGGUGCGUUGUUUCUAAGUCGGACCAUCGAGUCGGACCGGAGGACGCACAGAUCCAUCAUCGGUCUUCACCAGGUUGGCACCUUUAUACCGUGAAGCAGCAAACUGGUGAGAUCGUUUAACAUUGUUUUUCCACGGGCGUCCACGGUUGGCAGAGCGCUCUCGCUCCUGCUAAUUGAGUGGAUUGCUAACAUGCCGUGUAUAGCUAGCAUAGUGUCUCCACUCACGCUAACUGAUACCACGCUAAUUUCGACAGCUACCAGGCUAGCGAAGAGGGCGUCCUCGCUAGACACACUGUUUCCGACCUGUUUUCACAGGACCUGGUUUGUACAGUAGCCAAGUGCUCUCGCUUAGGCUUACUGCCGGUACACGAGUAGUCAUGGCUACCGUACUAGUGGAGAAAGAGCCUUUGCUCCCCCCUCACUAGACUGAGCGUUUCCGAUCUGCUCCACAGAACCCGGUCCACAGUAGCCGAGUGCUCUCGCUUAGGCUUACUGCUAGGACACGAUUAAUCACGGCUGCCAGACUCCUCUAUAGCAGUCAGCAGAGCGACCCCGCUCAGACUGACUUAAGAGGCAACACAGAUUAGGCAAGCAGGGUCCCUCCAGAGUCGGUGCUAUGUUUAGCUCUGCCGGCUGUGGGACCUGUAUGGCCCCUCUCCAUCCUGAGGAUGGCCAUGACCUUUGCCCCUCUUGCCUUGGUCUCGAGCACUUGAGGGAGGGCCUCUCGGAAAACCCGUGCAUGAACUCCGGGAGAGAGCCGUUACUUUCAGUUCAGGGUGCUUCCAUUCGGGCUCUCCCUCUCCCCACGGGUAUUCACAAGGUGUGUUGCUGCCGCCCUUUCCCCCCUGCAGUUACAGGGUGUAAAGAUACUGCCAUACUUGGACGAUUGGCUGAUCUGUGCGCCAUCCCGGUUACAGGCUGUGCAAGACACCGCUCGCCUUCUCUCUCCUGUGGCCCGGUGGGGCCUCAGGGUGAACAGGGAGAAGGGCUCUCUGAGCCCUUCUCAGGGCAUAACCUUCAUCGGUGUACCUCUGGAUUCAGGUGUACCUCUGGAUGGCCUGUCCGUCGUGCCAGCGUGUGGACGACAUCCUCCUCAAUCUUUCUCUCUUCCGAGGGGGCAGGCAGUUGCCCUAAAUCCUCUUUCUUCGCCUAUUGGGCAAAUUGACAGCUGCCUCAGCUGUCGUUCCCCUGGGCUUGCUGUCACUGUGCCCCUUGCAGAGAUGGCUGAACAGCCUUUGUUUGGAUGCCAGGUGCCACAGGCAAAGGAGGGUAGAUGUGUCACAGCAGUGCCUUCUGGCUCUAUCACCAUGGAGGAAGAGGGCAUACCUGUUGGGCCAUCUGUCGUGAUGACUUCCCGGCGGGAAGUCAUCACGACAGAUGCCUGCCUCUCAGGCUGGGGUGCGGUAUGGCCAGAGGUGGUGCACAGCAUCUGGGGUCUCUUUGGCAGGGCAAAGGUGGAUCUCUUUGCCUCAGAGAGGUCAACCCACUGCCCCCACUGGGUCUCCUUGAUGGAGAGGACCAGUCCUCUAGGUCAAGAUGCCCUGGCCCACACAUGGCCAGAGGGCCUUCUUUAUGCUUUCCCUCCAUUUCCCCUGAUCUUGCCAACGCUUCUCAGGGCCCUUCAACAGGGCCACAGUCUUUUGAUGGUGGCCCCGUUGUGGCCAGCCAGGACUUGGUUUCCCCUGUUGCGCAGACUCUGCCGCGGGACGCCAUGGCGCCUCCCCGACAGGAGGGACCUCCUAUCGCAGCUAGAGGGUCGGAUCUGGCAUCCCGACCCCAGCCGCCUUUGUCUGUGGGUCUGGCCGUUGCAGGGCCCAAUCGGCUGCUGAGCGGCUGCACAGAACUAGUCAGGAAGACUAUUCUAAACGCCAGAGUGCCAUCUACCUGUCUACAGUACGAAUGUAGAUGGAGGCUGUUCUCAGACUGGUGUGUGGGUCACAACGAGGACCCGGUGCAGUGCCCCGUGCCUGUUAUUCUUGAGUUUCUGCAGUCCCUCCUAGAGAAGGGCCGGUCUCCCUCUACCCUGAGGGUGUAUGUAGCUGCUAUCUCAUGGCAGCAUGUCAAAAUUUACAACGACACGGUGGGGAGCUACAGGUUGGUGUCCCUCUUCUUAAAAGGGGCUCAGCGACUGCAUCCCCCGAGCACCCCAAGAGCUCCUCCAUGGUACUGGACACCCUAUGCUCACCUCCUUUCGAAUCCCUGGCGGAGGCAGAGCUGAGAUGGCUGUUGGCAAAGACAGUUUUUCUCCUGGCCAUCACUUCGGCAAAGCGAGUAGGCGAACUGCACGCCCUCUCGGUGCUGGCACGCUCGUACCUCACCCAGCAUAUCCGGCUUGCACAAUUUGACCCCCCAUUGGGAGAGGAGAGGUCAAGGCUCCUGUGCCCGGUGCGGGCCCUCAGAGCCUAUAUCGAAGCCACCACAGGCGUACGACAGUCAGAGCAGCUUUUCAUCUGUAAUGGUGGGCCUGAGGGGCUGUGCCCUGUCAAAACAGCGCCUGUCCCACUGGAUAGUGGAGGCCAUUGCCUGUGCAUACAACGCGAAUGGCCAUGCUCUACCAUCCGGAGUGAGGGGCCAUUCUACCAGGAGUGUUUCCACGUCUAAGGGUAUGUUUGGGCGUUUUUCCAAUAAAGGCCAUUUGGAGACUCCAUUUUAGGCCCUAAUGAAAGGUGAAACAGAGGUAUCAUAUACACAUUCACUAUUGCACUAUUGCUGACACAAAGGAACUGAAGCAUAAACACUUUAUUGUGUUUUUUCUCCGAAUUGAAACCAAAUUCUGUGCAAAAUGAACCAAAAUCGACAGGUUGUCAUUGCGCAGUGAAAUUGCGGGUUUAUUCACUUAUCUGGUAUCCCAACAUGGCACUUCCUUGUUUUCGUCUUUUCAUUGGCUAUUCGAAUCCAGCGUCAUUUGACAAAUCCGACACCGUGUGUGCGCACAGUAGCCAAAAGAAGUUGGUCAGCCCUCUUUUUCUUCGCUGACUCUGGUUGGCUAAUAUGGGUUUAGAAGAGGAUAUCUUGCUCCUAUUGGUGUCAAUCGAAAGGUUAGAGUCGAACGAACAGUUUGAUAUCCGGGUUGUAAAGGUGCGCGGCAGAGAACGGCUUUUACAGCUACUUUUCUGAAAUAUUUGGUCAUAUCUGCCGGCUGAUUUGAAAUGAUGCAACGGCAGUUUGUGGAUAUUUAUGGAUGUAAUCA